GGUAUGCCCCACUCCUUGCCGUUAGCCGUUGUUGUAUCCUAUGCUACUGAACAGAUAUGUUGCGGUACUAGUUAGCUACACACUAGCAUUAAAGCCACGAAAAGAUGCGCCUUUACGGGAUUAAAACAAUAAAACAAACAACGAGAAGUCGGGAAAAACUUUGCCCAACUGUGCCCAAACUUUGAAAGGCUACAACACAAAUCACUUCCCUUCAGUUUCGAGUGUGUUAGCAUUGUUUUAUCUCACCAUUAUUGCCAUUGGACGCGUUUUUUUUUUCUUCUGGAGCAGUCCAAUCUGAUGAAUUCACCGAGAAAAGACGGAGAUGAUGAUGUGCCCGUUAAAGACCCGGUAAAAUACGGCGAAUUGGUCAUUUUGGGGUACAAUGGCUCUCUACCAAGCGGAGACCGUGGGCGUAGAAAGAGCCGCUUCGCCCUGUAUCGAAGGGCCAAGGCCAACGGUGUCAAACCAAGUGCUGUGCACAUCCUCAACACACCACAGGACAGCAAGGCUGUCCACAGCAGGGGGCAGCACAGCAUCUCUUUCACUCUGUCCCGUAACCAGACGGUGGUGGUGGAGUACUGCCAUGACAACAACACAGACAUGUUCCAGAUUGGACGCUCCACAGAAAGUCCCAUUGACUUUGUGGUGACAGACACCUCCGGAGGGGGGAAGGAGGGGGAGGACCCCUCCAUUGCUCCCAGCACCAUCUCCCGUUUUGCCUGCAGAGUGGUGUGUGAACGCAACCCACCUUACACUGCACGUAUCUACGCCGCCGGCUUUGACUCUUCCAAAAAUAUCUUCUUAGGGGAGAAAGCAACAAAAUGGAAAAACCCUGAUGGGCACAUGGACGGCCUGACCACCAACGGGGUGCUAGUGAUGCACCCUGAGGGGUUCCCAGAGGACCCCAAGCAGGGUCUGUGGAGGGAGAUCUCUGUCUGUGGGGACGUUUAUGCCCUGCGGGAGACACGCUCUGGACCCAGCCGGGGCAAACUGGCCGAGGGUGAGAGCAGUGCACUACGUGACGGGUCCCUGGUUGACCUGUGCGGCGCCACCCUGCUGUGGCGUACAGGCGAGGGGCUCAUGCGUGCUCCCACCCUGCGUCACCUGGAAGCACUUCGCCAGGAGCUCAAUGCGUCCCGGCCCCAGUGUCCUGUAGGCCUCAGCACGCUGGCCUUCCCCAGCCUGCCGCGCAGCCACAGCCUUGAAGAGCGUCAGCCUUGGGUCUACCUCGCUUGCGGUCAUGUCCAUGGACGCCACGACUGGGGCCAGAGAUCUGAGAGAGUGGAGGUGCCGGGAGAGGGCGAGGGUUCCACAACCCGCCGAGAAUGUCCCCUGUGCAGGACCGUGGGUCCCUACGUGCCCCUGUGGCUGGGCUGCGAGCCUGCUGUGUACGUGGACGCUGGAUCCCCGACUCACGCUUUUGUCCCGUGCGGCCACGUCUGCUCAGAGAGGACAGCCAGGUACUGGGCUGAGACCCCGCUUCCUCACGGGACGCACGCCUUCAGACCCGUGUGCCCCUUCUGCUCCUCUGCCCUCAGCACCCCCGGCUGGACGCGGCUCAUCUUCCAGGGCCCCAUCGACUAGUCGCCACCCCUCAGCAACCACUAUCACAGUAACAGAAAGACGCCUGGGCUUCGUUCAUGUUGUCGACGUCGGUCAGUGUUCAGUAAGGAUAGGUAAUGGAUUAGGAGUGCAUGUGUGCUCUUCACUCAGGCCACACACUGUGCAUAACCAACACCGGCCAACGUUGUUACUGAAUGGAGCUCAAAGCUGAAUCCUUCCUGUUCUUUAUCCUUCAAUUCUUGUUCAUUGGUAUAAGAUCUGGUGAAGAAGUGCUAAAUAACAUAACAGAAUACUCAAUACUGUCAUGUCUCUAAACUCUAACCCUCUGUCAGGCACGCUGUUUUUCAUUCCAACCAACCAAACACUCCACUUCCACUGAUCACCUAACCAUUAAGUAAAAUUGUACAUAGACAGUAGGGCUGUCUCCUCUUAGUCGAUUAGUCGACUAAUCUGUGGUUUUGGUAUAGGUCGACUAAGAUUUCUUUAGUUGAUAAGUUAUUUUUUGUGCUUACUCAUGCCUAAUUACGCAUUUCCAAGAAUCCAAGAGCACAUGUCUGGUAAACACCAGAUUGAAAGUGGUGCUUUUCCAGGAUUAGUUAUGUAGAAACUCAGUUUUACAGAUGGUUAAUCAACUAUAUUUAUAUUAUGCUUUUCUAGUCUUAACCACCUCUGAAAGUGCACAGCUCGGUCGAUUACUCAACUAAUCAACUAGUCGACCAAAUCAUGUGUUAUUCAACUAAGAAUGUCUUUAGUCAAGGACAGCCCUAAUAGACAGGAGCUGCUGGGCCCUUGUUAAGCAAUUAUUUUUACUCCAUUAUCAAAUGUCUCAACCUUCCCCCAAAACUUGAACGAUGUCACAAAAGACAAACAGAUCCGAACACUUUUUAUGUGUGUCUUUCAGAAGCCAUGUAUAAAAUGACAAGUAGCUUUUUGCACCUUGUUCCUCUGCAGCGUCCUACACGUCCGCAGCGACUGCGUGUCCUUAACUCGGUGAAAUGCCGCCCCUUGCACUUCUCGGCCUGACAUCCGACCACGUCUUCAUUUCUGAAACGUUGUUACUGUAAUUGUUGUGAAAUGCUCGCCACUCGUCAAACAACGUAAUCCAUCUGGUCUCAGCUUCUGCCAAAACCACCGUCACCUGUAUUUGAAUCCAAGUCUCUUUACAGAUCUGCUCGCUCACUUUCGUGUCUUCCUGCCCUGACGACCAGCUGAUUUAGAUUCCUAGCUGUGUUCUCAGCAGGCCAUGUUAACUACUUACGGUAAUGUGCUUUACAAGGUCAGAUCAGAGGCUCGUGCUUCGAUCUAGCUCUUCAGGUUCCCAGCGCUUCAUGGAGGGGAAAUAAUUAACCAUCAGAAAAUGAGUAUAUGCAGUUUUCAUCUUUUGUUUUCACGCAUCAUUUUCAGUGUGAAAUCUAUGCAGCAAGAGACCCAUAAACGAGACCCCCUUGUGUAGUGUUAGGUUGGAAUGAAAACCGGCAGACUCUCUCUCUCUGAAGGGAACACUACACGCUGUAUGAUCGCACCACAGUAUUCACCUCUUGAGGCCAGGUCUUAUCCUGAUUAUCAAGCAGACCGAGGAUAAGCACAGGAUGGGAGUGAAACUGGGUAAAAUCCACUAUAUAACUCCACAGCAAUAAUAGCACUCCCAUAUAUAAGCUAGAUGUGUUGCUAUGUUUAGCCAAGUGAUAGGUCGCUUUGAACAUGGCUGAAAUGGUUUCCAGGUUAAGGGCUCAACCAGAGGUGGGUUCAAUAUCACGAUUUAUUUCAUUGUGGUGUUGUGUGUGAGUGUGUGUGUGUGUGUGUGUGUGUGUGUGUGAUGUUACCAAAGCACUAGAAUUUAAAGGUGAGCAACUGAAUCAGCGAUUAAACACACAACAUUUCUUUCAAUGCUCAUUUUAGAUGCGUUAACAGCCUAAGCAUGCUAACGGAGAUUAGCAUGUUUCGGCUGCAGAAGCACACAUCAGUUGUCAUGAAAGGACAUAUUUUGUCGCUCCUGUUGUGCUAAUUGGAACACACUUCUGGUUAAUGAAUUGUGUGAAACAGGGUCCAUGUUUGUAUGGUGGAGUAUCAAAAAGGUAUGACCUUGCAUAACCUCAAAAGAUAACCUUGUUUUGUUUAAAGAAAACUAUUUUGUUAGAAAAUGGGGAGGGAUUUAUUUGGGGGAAGCGGGAGGAAUUCUUUUAGAUGUUCAGUGUUUCAAAAAAACAACUAUUUUUCUAACUGAUAAUUGGUUUUGGUUAACUCAUUGUUUCUCAUUGUUAACAAGUUCAGUAUGUUUCUGAAUAUUACGGUGUGGUCGAUGUAGGAGAGCUUGUGAGUGAGAAAACAUUGCCAACACUGUGUCCAACAAACACACAUCACAUCACACUGCUACCAUAAAAAAAACUAACAUUGUCCAGACAAUGAAUGUAGCCAAAUACUCAGGCUAUGUUUAGCCUUCCCUGGUGCUCAUAUUGAAUGGUCUAUAUUGUGAUACUAUUUUUGUAACUGAAUAUUAUGGUGUAGCUCGGUGAACUAGCUCGAUAAAGUCUGAUAAUUUCAAAAUAGCCUCAAGUGUGGAAGACGUAUAAUUGAUAAUACACACUCACGUGGACAUUGUGGUUAGCUUGCAUGUGCUGAACGUACACACACAGUAUGUACACGACACGUACAUAUACUCGAAAAACUUUGCACGGCUGAUUGCCAACCUGUCAUUCACGCUGAGAGCAAGAUGUCUUCCGGGUCUUCAGCUGUUAAAACUGCAGCGUUUCCAGUUGUUUUUUUAAGUUUAGUUUUGGAAGACCUCUCCAAAAGAAAAAAAAGGAAAAGAAUAGAGAGAGAGCCUAAAAAAAAAAAAUCCUCAUACUUGAUAGAUGUUUGACGUUUGUGAAUGAGACCUAUUGAAUCCUACUUUGUACUUCUAUGCUAAUAUUUUCAAACUAAUUUCCUGCAGAAAGAUUGUCCUCAUCGACGAUGAUCACGGAGCAUUUAAAGCGAUUGAAAGCCAUUCUGCUGGUUCCAAGAUGACGUUUGAAGUCUAAAUACAAGAUUUAAACUCCCUGUAGUGCGGUGGUUAAUAGACAUAUUGUUGAUCAUUACUGUAGCUCAGGAUUAGUGACUUCAGAUUCCCAGCUGGCAAGGCCUGAAGGCAGCCGGAUGGAAGACACUAUCUGUC